AUGUUUCUGCUGCUACUUGCCGGGCGGCCGACAAUCGACGACGAGAAGAUUUCGACACACGUGGCCAAGAGAAAUGAUGUGCGCUCCUGCACCUUCACCACCACUACGGUGCAGCCACCAUCAACAACGACAACUAAGACAACUACAACCACUACAGGAGCAACAAAUACAACGGCAAUUCAACCAUCCACGACAACUGAGGCAACAACAACCACUACAAGAGCUACAACUACAACAACUCAGAAACCAUCGACAACGACAACUGAGAAAACGACGACUGCAUCCAUUACAACUACGAAAGCAACACCCACAACUAUGAAGGCAGUCACGACCCCAACUGAAGCAAAAUCUCAGGCAACAACAACCACUACAAGAGUUACAACUACAACAAUUCCACCUCCUCAUCCACAUUCACCACCGCGUUCAACCACAACAACGAAGAAACCAUCCACGACGAUUAAGGCGUCGUUGACUACAACCACUACAGGAGUACCAACUACAACAACUCUUCAUCCUCAUCUUCAUCCACAUCCAUAUCCACCGAAGGAAACUCCACUCCCUCAUUCAUAG